AGAGAGAGAGUAGCGCGCCCGUUACGCACAUCCAAGUUGGACAGCAACGUCGUUAACGCGCCUUAAUGAUCCACCGGCGAUCUGAACCGGAUCCCUUCUGUUUUGGGGCGUUGCCAUAAACACGCCUCCGUGUUGCGCGUGAUACUCAUCCGACGCACCGCGCGUCAGAAUCCCCUCAGUCGUCCAUAAACUUCUGCGCUCACCAGCUGUUCUUUUGCACCGCGAGCGUCACAUUGUUUGCCAGCAACUGCUCCAAGCCGACGAGCGGAGGUGUCACGGCCAAGCCGAGCCCAGCAUCUUCCACAGUGGGGCUGCUCGUUGCUAACUAGGCUGCCUCCGAGCCCACAGGUGAUCUGCCAGCUUCCGUGGGUUUGGAUGUCACCUCUAGAUUGGUUCAACUGAAGAUGGAAACACUGGAGUCUGAGCUGACCUGCCCGAUCUGCCUGGAGUUGUUUGAAGAUCCCCUGCUCCUGCCCUGUGCCCACAGCCUGUGUUUCAACUGCGCCCACCGCAUCCUGGUGUCCCACUGCUCCACCAGCAAGCCCCUCGAGUCCAUAUCGGCCUUUCAGUGCCCCACUUGCCGUUACGUCAUCACGCUGAAUCACCGCGGCCUGGAGGGCCUUAAGCGCAAUGUGACGCUGCAGAACAUCAUUGACCGCUUUCAAAAGGCCUCACUUAGCGGCCCCAAUUCCCCCACCGAGAGCCGGCGGCUGCAGCCGCAGCGGCCCUACACCGCCACCAUUAGCGGCACAAUAGCCGGCACAAUUGGCGGCGGCGGCGGCGGCGGUGGCACGAGUGGAAGCAGCGCCCGGGGAAGCCCGGCCACUUCCAGCCACUCGCACCCGCACGCCAACCACGCCAAUCACGCCAAUCACGGCAACCACACCAACCACACCAAUCACACCAACCACACCAACGCGAACCACAGCCCGGCCGUGGUUGCCAAAAUGGAUCCGCGCAUCAGCUGCCAGUUCUGCGAGCAGGAUCCGCCGCGCGAGGCCGUCAAGACGUGCGUCACGUGCGAGGUGUCGUACUGCGACCGCUGCCUCCGCGCAACCCACCCCAACAAGAAGCCGUUCACCGGCCACCGCCUGGUGGAGCCCGUCCCGGACACUCACAUCCGCGGCCUGACCUGCCUGGAGCACGAGAACGAGAAGGUCAACAUGUACUGCCUGGUGGACGACCAGCUCAUCUGUGCCCUCUGCAAGCUGGUGGGGCGCCACCGGGACCACCAGGUGUCCUCCCUCACUGAACGCUUUGAUAAGCUCAAGGCUUAUCAGGUGAGCCCGGGCAGAGUGUCAGACGCGGUAAUGGAGGCUUCAAAGACAAGCGCUGCGCAAACGCUGGAGAACAACCUGACCAACCUGGUGAAGAGGAACAGCGAACUGGAGAACCAAAUGGCAAAGCUCAUCCAGAUCUGUCAGCAGGUUGAGGUAAACACAGCAAUGCACGAAGCCAAGCUGGUGGAGGAGUGUGAUGAGCUGGUGGAGAUCAUCCGCCAGAGAAAACAGGUCAUCGCAGUGAAGAUCAAAGAAUCCAAGGUGAUGAAACUACGUAAGCUGGCUCAGCAGAUUGCAAACUGCCGGCAGUGUCUGGAGCGCUCCAGUGCCCUCAUCACACAGGCGGAACAGAGCCUGAAGGAGAACGACCACGCCCGCUUCCUCCAGACCGCCCGAAAUGUGGCGGAAAGGGUUGCCAUGGCGACGGCAUCCUCCCAGGUACUCAUUCCUGACGUCAACCUGAAUGAGGCGUUUGACAACUUUGCUCUUGACUUUUCUCGGGAGAAGAAGAUUCUGGAGGCGCUAGAUUACCUGACAGCGCCCUCCCCGCCAUCCAUCAGAGACGAGCUCUGCACCGCCUCCCACGACACCAUCACUGUUCACUGGACGUCCGAGGACGAGUUCAGCGUCACCUCCUACGAGCUGCAGUACACCAUCUACACCGGCCAGACCAAUUUCAUCAGUUUGUACAACUCGGCAGACAGCUGGAUGAUCGUGCCGAACAUCAAGCAGAACCACUACACGGUGCACGGCUUGCAGAGCGGCACCCGCUACAUCUUCUUCGUCAAGGCCAUCAACCAGGCAGGGAGCCGCAACAGCGAGCCGGCCCGCCUCAAGACCAACAGUCAACCCUUCAAGUUGGAUCCAAAGACGGCCCACAAGAAGCUGCGUCUGUCCAACGACUGUCUCACCAUGGAGAAGGACGAGAGCUCUCUGAAGAAGAGCCACACUCCGGAGCGCUUCAGCGGCACAGGCUCCUACGGUGCAGCUGGUAAUGUCUUCAUUGACAGCGGGGGCCACUACUGGGAGGUGCUGCUGGGAGCGUCCACGUGGUACGCCAUCGGCGUGGCUUACAAAUCGGCCCCGAAAAACGAAUGGAGUGGCAAGAACUCGUCCUCGUGGGUGUUCUCGCGCUGCAACAACAACUUUAUGGUGCGCCACGACGGCAAGGAGAUGCUGGUGGAGGCAAGCCUGCAGCUGAGGCGGCUCGGCGUCCUGCUGGACUACGACAACAACUCACUGACCUUCUAUGACGCCAUGAACUCCCAGCACAUCCACACCUUCGAAGUAUCCUUCCUGCUGCCCGUCGUCCCCACCUUCAUGAUCUGGAACAAGUCAGUCAUGAUACUCUCGGGGCUGCCCGUCCCCGACUUUGUCGACGGCGUGGCCUCAGAUCUUCAAGAGCAGCAACAGCAGCAGAUGGGCCUGUGCCGACAGGAGUCGCCGUACCUGACCGGGAUGAAGACGUGCCACUGAAACGGGCUCUAGCGGCCCGCCAGAGUCCACUCAGACUUGGUUACUGAAAGGCUUGACCGCGAGCCGAAAGACCUUGUGACCGAGUUCUGGUCCGUGCUCUGCAUUAGGAGCGGACCAGUUACUUUGUUGUGAAGUGUUGGAGAUAUACACACCAGUCUGGGAAAGUGUCAGUCCUGUUAGUUUUUUAGCCACCCAACGCUUUGCAAAUCCAUCAGCAAAUAACAGCAAGGUCCCUCGACGACAAUCGUCAGUGGACCUAAAAUGUGUGUGAGGCUCUGGAGUCACCGAGGGCCGGGCUGGAUAUCUGGUUUUAUGACCACUUAAGGUCUUCUUUUUUUGUUGAUCUUCCUCCUGAUCUGACCCCCGACAGAAGAUCAAGGAGGGAAUGUUAUCAUCAGCCAUUUAGACUUUGAAGUAACAACCUGUGAACAGGGAGAUCACAUCUCGCCUGCUGUAGAUUAAAAAAACGCUCAAUAAAAAGGCAACUAAAAACAGAAGUACAUUUUAAAUUGUCCAUGUUACGGUCACAUUACCUUUAAACUACAAGUCGAACUAUUUCUGACCAAAGCUAAAAUAAACUUAAAUUUAUUUAUUUAUUAAAAAAUAAACUAGCUGCCAAAGGAUAGUUUGAAAUUAUUAAAAGUGCACAUAGUUUUCUGUGUGGUUAGAUAAGACUCAUAUUUGUAUGAGGAAUAUGAAGCGAGAGCCAGCGGUGGAGUUAGCUUAGCAAUGCUAGCUGCACAGAUACAGCUGAUACAACUUGAUAUUUAGCACACAGACAUGAGAGCAGGAUCAUUCUUCUAAUCUAACUCUCCACAAGAAAGCACGCGUAUGUCACAAAACAUUUAUUUCGUUUGAACAUUGAUGUGCCUUCUCUGACUCCACUUUGUCGAGCGAACUACAUGCUACCAUCUUGCUAACGCUAACACAUGCUAACUGUGGACUAGCAUGACUCGCAUCACUUUUCGUGUGUUGUAGCCUCGGCGGCUGUAAGUGGUCGUUGGUAAAAUCUUUCCUUGAUCUUCCUCCUAGAUUUGAUCCAGCAGUCUCGUUCGUAUCGGUGGGUUGUUAACGUUGCUCCCGGAUAUCAAUAUGAUCACAGGGAGCAGAUUUGCAUCAUGUGACUACUCACCUUGUAUAAUAAGAGGUUUAUUAAAUAUUAGACGGAAAAAAAGUGUUAUUUAUGACAAAAAAAAGAGCAUUUACUUUUAUUAUGAUCUCAACAUAUUAAUGGUGCACUUUUUGGUUGACAUAUUUCCCUUCAGUGAGAAUUGAAGUAGAUUGAGUUUUGGGGAUGUAAUGCGGAGGGGAAGUGACAACUAGCGCUACUGCUGUUUGUUUAAAAGAAAAAGCUUAUUUUCAUACUUGAAUAAUUGAUAAUGGGUACUGGAUAUCAACAAUUAUAAAGUACUGCAGUAAAAUACAGUUACAACAAUUUGUUCAGCAUGAUCUGGUGUAAAAUACUCAUCGGUUCUCUUCAUUCUCAAUGGGAACCAAAAAUGGGAAAACUGAAACACCUAAAAACUCAUUAUUUUUCUUUUUUCAGAUUUUAGAUUUACACUAAAUAUGAAAAGAGCAAUCGAGACACAGAUUUAGAAGUCUGUGCUCCACAGUUUAAAUGGUGUUUUCACUGUCCCAGUGACUUUCCCUCCCCAUGGCUUUUAAUAGCAUAUAUUAACUUUAUCUUGUAUAGAAAAGGGAUGUGAUCAUCAUGUGAUGAUGUUCAUGCGAUUUUUAUCAUGGUGAAUUGAUGAUAAACUAAUAGUUGUUUAUUAAAGAAAGUCACUCUGUUUUAACUAAUCAGGGAAUAAUGGGGUUAACACUUUAACUUGCUGUCUGUCGCAAUGGCAUGGUUGUGUUUUUCUCUGUGAUUUGUUAACACUCACACACACACACACACAUGCACAUACACACACACCAACCUGCACACAUGUCAGGUUUCGUUUAGGUUGGCCUUGUCGUGAUAAAUGCAUGAAACAUUGUUGGAUCCCACACCGGUUCACUGGGUAAUUUAAAUGGCUAUUUCCGUUUAAGUAGCUGAGUUCAAUCUUGUUUUUCAUCAGAGACUGACUCGCAAAUUUGCCGACAGCUGACGUGACCUCCUGUUGUCACACAUCACUAUUCAGCUGUGGCUGGAUCCAUUGUUUGCUUUUUAUUGUUAUUUGAUGGUCAAGUGUGGGUGACAGUUUCGGUCUGAUUUGAUAUUCAGGUGGUGGCUGCAAUUCAGACAAUCAAAUAUUUAUCAUAGUUAAUGCAGACGUAGGAGAUUGUGUUGUCAGGCGGGAUUGUGGCAGGGACGCACAGGGUUGUGUUUUUAAGAAGAAAGCAGAUGUUUUACAUAUCGUCAUGUUAGAUUUGACAGCUCGCAGCCAUUUUCACUCGUUUUACAGAUCACCUGGAGUAUACUUAAUGUUAAAUGUCACGUAACAUUUGUAUUGACAGGCUAUGAUUUGCUUGACCUUCAAAACACGCACUGAUUUGAAUAAUUUGCUCGUAACUAUGGUUACGUAUUGUUCAAGCAAACAUCCAGUGAUUUACAACUCAAAGCUAUGGAAAGAUCUGGCAUUUAGUGUCUCUCAGCGCAUCUUUCAACCCGCAGCUGUUCUCUUAGGGAAGUAUGAUGAUACGUCAUUAAUGUUUGAUGGAGAUGUUGAUUUCAUUAGUGAUUGUUCAAUGCAGGAGGAGCUCCAACAUGAGGAGAGGGAGCUUGGUGAAUGAUACCUGACUUCCAGAUAUCCACCCGUUUGCAUUGAAUAAUGUCAGUAACAGGCCCGAAACGUCAUGUGUUGAUUUGUGAUCGAGGCUGACAAGCUCAAGUCAUCUGUGCGAGGAUUCUUGGCCGGGUCACUGCAUGAUUACGUGACCUUGCAGCAGGUUCAUACCUCUUUUCUUAUCUUCACGUUGGGAUUUAUCAUCUUAAGUCAAGCAUAUUCUAAAAACCACAACAACAAAAUGUUCAUUAACAUGCCUAUCAGAUGUUUUGCAGUGCUUUUUCUUUUCUUGUGCCACAAUUCAAUACAGUAAAAUAUAUACAGUGAAUGCUUUUCAAUAGCUACACACUCCUUGUAGUGAAGCGUGAAACCCUAGAGACAAUGCAAUUGAUUCUCCAUUUUCUUUUUCUGUUUGUGGAAUUUGGGGAAUUAUUUUUUACGACUCGCUCCUUCUUUCGCCAUCUGGACCUUGAUGAACAGCACAAAAAAAAGACAGCGUUGCAUUCAUGCAAAGCUUUUUGUUUCCGUAGAUAUGAGAGAAUUCCUAGGGUGAAAUAUAUAUUAUAUAAAGUUGUAUAUUAUACAAAAUAUCUAUGAACCAAUGUUAUUUAUGUGAAUUUAAAUCCAAUUAAAAGUCUGAUCCCAAA